GAAGAGGAAGAAGAGGAAGAGAUUCAUCCGCCAUUUUCUGUCGUUGGAAGUUGGUGAGUUCAGACAUCAGUAAACAUCAGCAGAUUUAGAAAGCCUAAUCAAGAGAUUUUUAAUCAUGGGCUCGGGUGUCGCGACCAAGAGUUUUGCUCUGCUUUGUCUUUUGUUUCUCUGCGGGACUUCUCCUUCACUUCAAGCAGAAAAACACUCCCUGUAUUAUAUUUACACGGCCUUGUCCAAACCUCUUGAUCUGCCGGGCAUCCAUGAAUUCACUGCUAUGGGUCUGCUAGAUGACAGACAGAUUGACUAUUAUAAUAGCAAGGAUAAGAGAAAGAUUCCCACACAGCAGUGGAUGAAAGAGAAAAUGCAGGAGGAUUACUGGGAAAAAGGCACCCAGUCAAGAAAGAGCAAAGAACAGUGGUUUAAUGUGAACGUCCACAUUCUGAUGGACCGCAUGAGACAAAAAAAUGAUUCAGAUGUUCAUGUACUUCAGUGGAGACAUGGUUGUGAAGUUGAGAGAAAUGAGGGAAAUAAACUGAAUUUUUCCAAAGGCAUUGAUGAGUACAGCUAUGAUGGAGAUAACUUUCUGUCUUUUGAUGAUAAGGAGUCUCAGUGGGUUGCCCCUGUUGAUGCAGCUCUUCCAACCAAGAGGAAAUGGGAUAAUGUGCCCAUCCUAAACCAGUACACCAAGGGCUACCUGGAGAAAGAGUGUGUAGACUGGCUCAACAAAUUCAGAGAAUAUGGAGACGAGGAACUCAAAAAGAGCUCUCCUCCAGAUGUUCGUGUGUUUGCGAAAAAGUCUACCAAAGACAAAACUAAGCUGAAAUUCACCUGUCUGGCCACUGGCUUCUACCCCAAAGACGUCAUGUUGAACUUAAGAAAAUAUCGCACAUCCAUGCCUGAUGAUGAGGUUGAAUCCACAGGAGUCAGACCAAACAAUGAUGGAACCUUCCAGCUGAGGAAAAGUGUGGACAUCAAGAAGGAUGAAGAAGCUGAAUAUGACUGUUUUGUGUUCCACAGUACUCUCAAAGAACCAAUCAUCGAGAAAUGGGAUGGAAAAUGCAAAGACUGUAAUGAAGGCUCUUUUAUGGUUACUGAAAUUGUGAUUGGAGUUGUACUUGUAGCUGUACUUGUAGUGGUCUUCAUUUACCUUUACGAGACUAAAAGACAUGGAGCCAACGGAGCUGUCUAAUGGAAAACACUGUCCCAAGCCGUAAUAACUUUGUAAAACAGGAAAAAUAUUCGAGGAUAAGGAUCUCACAUCUAUGCUCACUUGUUUUUGUCUCUUUUUUUUUUUCUUUUUUUUUUUUUUGUAAUCAGACCAACUAUGUGCGUAGUUUUCAACAGAUAUUGAAGGAGUUUUAUUACAUUGUUGCAUUUGGCAAAUGCUUAUAUCUAAUGCAACUUACAUUGCAUUCAAGGUAUACAUUUCAUCAGUCCAAGCAUUUCCCUUGACAUGAACUGAACCUAUCGCUAGCAAUUGCUUUAGGGUUUGAGCUUCAUGAUGUUUUAGGUCAAAGUAUAAAUAUGUCCAAACAAGUGUUGUGCUUAUGCUUUGAAAAUCAGUGUUCAUUUUGACAGCAAAUUUUGAUUUAGUUUUAGUCAUAGUCUUUUGACUAAAAUGCCAUUUUAAUUUUACUUAUAUUUUAGUCAUCGGAAAUUGUUUUAGUUUUAGUCUAAUUUUAGUCGACUAAAUAUCAUAAGAUUUUAGUUAAAAGUUCCUUUGCUUUUGCUUUUAAAUGUCUAUAUAGUUUUUUUUAUUAUUAUUAUUUAAAUUUUAGUUCAUUUAAUACAUCAGGUUAAGCUAAAGCUUGGAAAAUAGAUGAAAGAAAAUAAGUUUACAUUUUUAUAUAUAUUUAUUUAUUUUUAUAUCAGUUAUAUAUCGUUUAUUUCAAGUAAUGAAGUUUUUUUUAUGGUUUUAGGUUUAGUUAACUAUAAUAACCCUUAUACUUGUAAAAUAUAUUGAUGAUGUGUCGAAUAAUGUUUUUAGUAAACUACUGUAUCUUCUGUCACAGGAAGGAAAGCCUAUGAAUUAAAUAGAAAAUAAAUUAAAUACAGUUUGUGUAGCUAAACAUAAUAAUAAUAAUGACCAGGAGAAAAUAAUAAUUAUAAGCCAUCCCGAAAUACACCGUGACUCUUAUUCUGAAAUGUCUGCAGCCUGCUGUAGCCUGCAGACAUUUCAGAAUAAGAGUAGUAGUUAACAUGAGUAGCAGGCUACUCAUGAGGGAGAUAAAAUAUGCAUUCUUACAACCGUCUAAAACAUAUUACCACAUAAACAUUGUGUAGUAAACAUUGUCAUAAUUCAUCAAUGUUAGUUUAUAAGCAAUCGAUUGGUAUAAAUGUGCGUUAUUCAUUAAUUGCGAAGCAGUCUGAAGUGCUGCUGGGUGAGCCUGCAGAGCGCGCAACAGCACAGCUUUUUCACGCAGUUUGAUCAGCACAUUACACUUCAGCAGUCCUAUUAGGGGUGGGAAUCUUUUAAAAUCAUUCUGUUUACCAUGGUGAAUAAGCCGAGGUAACGGUUGCUUCACGACCAAUUUCAAAGUUCCGUUCAACUGCCGCUAGGGGGCGAAAUGCGACGAUCGGAUGCGAAUGUCAUGUGCAGUGGAAAGACGGCUCCAGAAUCGGAAUCGGCAUUUUACAGAAAUAAGUUGCGUCCCAAAUGACACACUAUACACUAUGCACUUAUACACUAUGUACUUAUGCACUAUGUACUCAUCCAUGUAGUGCGAGAAUUGUAUAAGGUUAUUUUGUCAUUUAACAACGGAGUCUGAUCCCCCCUCCCCCUCCACUACGUAAUUAAAGCUGCGAUCGUUGAGUGCAUGAAGUGUCCAACAUUUCACACUUCGUUUUUUCCGUUAAUUUAGUGUUUCAUCCGGGUAUUUAAAGUGUACUUUUUCUUUUUGGAAUUUUCUGUGUGAACGCACUACUCGCACUAUUUGUACUUAAAAACGCCAUAGAAUAGUGACGCACCUAUAGUGUUUACAGAAUAACGUUAAAAUAGUUUUAACAUAUAGUUAUAUAUAGUUUUGAUUUAGAAUACAUCAUAUCCGGUCGGCAGGUCGCAUAUGGUCUAGCCGGUCAACGAAACAUUACAAGCAAUAAACAAAGAGUGCUUUCAGUAUUUAAGAGUAUCUGAACGUUUUCCAUUCAAAAGCUGUGAGGGAUUUUUCUCUUUCUCAGCUUUACGGUUGUUUGAUUAUUACUGAUGUUAUCAUACGACAGCGGAAGAAUAAGCUGCAUUCACAAUAAUGCAUAGAUCUCUUUUGAAAUAUAAGAUGUUUUUGUCCUGUCUGUUUAAUCCUUUAAGACAUCUAACUGACUGUGUUUAUAUUAAUUUCGAACUGUAUUAAAAAGAUUAUUUUAUAGAAGUUUCAAGUGGUGUGUGUAUGAGAGGAAAUGGAAACAAGCACAAUACGGUUGUUUCUUACAGUGCUUGUCCACUGGCACGGAACGAGCGUAUUCAGUUCAUUCCUAUGGACGUUGAGCAUCUUCAGGCUCGCGAGAGUGAACCUCAACAUCCAUAUGAAUGAAUUGAAAAUGCUCGCUCUGCUCCACGCCGGACAUGCACCUUAAAGGGUUAGUUCACACAAAAAUGAAAAUAAUGUCAAUUAUUACUCACCCUCACGCCGUUCCACACCCGUAAGACCUUUGUUCAUCUUUGGAACACAAAUUAAGAUAUUUUUGUUGAAAUCUAAUGGCUCAGUUAGGCCUCCAUAGCCAGCAAUGACAUUUCCUCUCUCAAGAUCCAUUAAUGUACUAAAAACAUAUUUAAAUCAGUUCAUGUGAGUACAGUGGUUCAAUAUUAAUAUUAUAAAGCGACGAGAAUAUUUUUGGUGCGCCAAAAAAACAAAAUAAUGACUUAUAUAGUGAUGGCCGAUUUCAAAACACUGCUUCAGGAAGCUUCGGAGCGUUAUGAAUCAGCGUUUUUAUUUUUAUUUAGUCAUCAUCUCGUUUUCGUUUGUGAAAAAAUGUCGUUGACGAAUAAUUCGUCAAAUUAACCCUGAUGAAAAGUGAUGUUACAGUGUUAUUCUGGUAAACCACUUUGUUUGCCUAACAAUUGUUUAUUUGAAGAUUUGAAUUUUUUGAUUAUAGAAAAGCUUUAUUUUUCCUUAUGUAUUUGUAGCUUUUUAUUCACUAUGCAAUAAAGCACAAUUGAUCAUGUCAUGUAUUGAGUUAGUGCAACUGACUAAAUGACAGAUGAUUGUUACCUACAAAUUUUAAAAUUUAACAAUUUGUAGGUAACAAAUUAAUUUAUAAAACAAGGCCAUAUUAAAAAGCAAUAUUUUAAAAGUUGUUUCAAAAAUCUUUCUAACAGCUUCUAGUAUUUUUGAGCUCAGUUUUAAGUUUGUUCAAAUGUUUUUUUUUGUUUGUUUGUUUGUUUUCUGUAUAAUAUUAUAUUAAACUGAUAUUAAAAAAAAUUUUUUUAAACCCAA